CCUCACUCUUUUUGGUUGCCGUACGUAGAAUUUCUUGUCAUGACUUGACAAGGUUACCUCGGAACAACCAAACGCUUGCCAAUUAUUCUAACCAGAGUCACACUUGUAACACCAGAGUGUCUUAAGACUGACCGAAAUACUGGCUCCAUUAGCUUCAAAGGAACAACAGACUCCAAUGACAGUUGUCGUCCCAGAGAAGGGGGAGUCCAAAGCAACCAACGUUAUGUUUGACUCAAAGUCACUUUUUAUUCAAAAGUUGGAAAACCAGGAAGGGUCUCUCGGUUCUUUGGGUUGGACCGAACAAGAAGACAGGAGGCUUGUAGAGCUUCAUCGAAAGUACGGUAAUCGCUGGGCGCUUAUCAAGAAGUUUAUGGGUGGCAAAACUGGGCAGCAGUGUUUGAAAAGAUGGAGAUACACUCUCGAUCCUACCGUUAGAAAGGAUUCUUGGACCAAAGAAGAGACAGAAAGACUCAUGAAGCUUCAUGAAGAACUUGGCAGUAAGUGGUCGGAUAUUGCGAGGAAGUUGGGAACGGGAAGGACGGAUAUCCAGUGUCGUUACAGAUAUUUCAGAGUACUUGCUGGAAAGGCUACAAACACUGUAUCACGAGAUGCCAGUCGUUUGUAUAGGACUUAUUCAGUCUGUGACUCAAGCACCGUUAAUGAAGAAAUGGGUUGCAAAUACGUUGAGUUGCCAAGCAGCAUGCAGCGUAGGUCUUCUGACCCAGGAAGCAGUGUCGAGAUAUCUUUUGUGCAAAGCGAAAAUAUAUCCAUCCCUGAAAUGACAGAAGUCUCUCAUUCACUUGGGUCUGGGCUUAACGAGCGAGCUUUGAAUUCUCGAGAACGUUGUACGCAACAUUCUCACUACGGUAGUAUUGGUCAGGAACAAACUGGAACAUUGGAUAGAUUUAGGAAAGAGGACCUUGCACCUACAGUUUGUCCAGAUUGUGGAAUAGCGCGAGUAAGACCUUUACAUAGCGUUCCUGUUUCCAGAGUUGCAGAGUCAAAUUAUGCGUCUUAUUCAUGUCUUAAUGCGUCUUCGCUUUCAGAUAAAGGACAGUGGGUUGCACUGGACUCGAUGAUGGGCUUGACUCGAGAUUCUCUGCAGUUUGAAAGUUUACGAAAUGUGCCAAGGACGACUUUGCCACUUUUCAGGGAUAGAAGUCGGAAUGAAGAAGCAUCAUUCAAUUCACUUAUGGGAGUAUGUAGUACGAUCUCAGGAGCAUCAGAAAUGCAGGUUACUUUGAACGGAGAUUUUUGCAAUAUUUUGCCACCGUUGCAUAUGAGCAGAAUGAAUACAUUUGGUGCUAAAGAUGACAAUGCAAUGAUGGAGAGUUGUAAUCUUCCUCCUCUUUGGGAUUCUUAGAUUUGGUUGUAUUGGAGAAAAUUGUGGACCUUUUUAGUUUGUUGUUUCUUUUGUUUUGUUGUUAUCUGAGAGUUUCAACAUAUUUGUAAAUAACACGCAAGAACAGUUUUAUACAUUUUACCUGUACCUUUUUAUUCAAGGUGUGCAAUAUUCUGUAUGAGGCUCUAAACAGAAAUUGUUAGAGGCUUGUGAUCAUAUCACUUAAGUUAUAUAAAGACACGCUGCGCAAA